UGAGUUGGUAGUUAUGACAAUGAUAUGUUGAUGUAAACGUCAGGAGCAGCUACAGCAGUCAUAUAGAAAAAUGUCUUCAUACAGGAAAAAUGCAAAGUUCUUAGUGACUAUAUUUCUCGCCAUUUUUACCAAUAUAAAUUGUUUAAAUAAGGUUGUUCAACUUUCAAGACGUAUAAAACCUGACAUAUUAAAUUCAAAUGCUUUUGACGAUGGAAGUUUAUAUGUGAUUGAAUUUGUAACCAGGCGGGCUAUAAAUGAUUGCAUUGACUUAUGUAAAGCGAAAAAGGCUUGCAAAUUUAUCAACUUCUACAGACUGGCCAAUUUGUGUUCGCUUAUAGGUGUUAUAGGCAACAAAAAUGUUCAAAUUGAAAAUUAUUUGGAGAUUGCACCAGGAUACUACUUUGGAGCAAAGAAGAAUUGGAAUAUGGAUGGUUUUACUGAAUGUGAAGACUGCAAUGAUAAUGGUGUUUGCAACGAUGGUGGAGAUCCGUUAUUUCAGAAAUGUGACCAGUCUG